AUGGCACAAGGACGAGUUAUUGAGUGGUUCUACGACUCCCUUCCCUCCUGUGUAGGUUUGUGGGAUCACACAGAUCGUUCCGAUGGCGAAUGCGACGUGCUGCAGCGGUCUUCGUGUUCGCUGUGUGACUCACGGCGGCACUUGUUGAGAGCUAUUCCCAAGGCAUAUAAAUCCUACAAGGAUCUUAAACAUGGGGGCCUCACGGAGGAACCAACUGAUGUGGCGGAACGACAUGUCACCGCCAUACGGAUUAUCCUGCAAGUGAGCUACAACAAAUAUGCUCUCGAUGUGCCUAGCGGUCAUGUGCUUACGGUUUCUGCUUUCUUGGAUGAUCUGUGCUGCCAGCUGCUAUUAGCGAUGGCCGGGGGAAGGUAUGAUAUGGAUGAUGACGUAGCCGUGUGGUGGGAGUUUCUGGAGGACGCUGUUGAGGCGUUGGGUCUGCACGCUGUGUUGGGAAUUGGUGGGGAUGGAAGUACGCCCCUGCUGCGUCCCCUCAUAACCACACAGUGCUCUCCACAUUCUGCUCGCGGUGCGUCGGAACACGAAGCAGGAUGUUUGUUUCCACUGAGAAGGUGGAUCGCGGUCGUGCGGCAUAUUUGCAGAACCGUGGACGGAGUGGUGCACCUUCCUAGUUGUGACGCUGCUCAUAGUGGUGACCCAAAUGCAGGUGACACGCGGGACGCAGGAGGGAAGGGGACUACGGGGAUGCUCCUGAAUGGGGCCAACCCGCUGGACUCGUUGCUUUCAGCUGUUAAGUUACUUUGCAGCUGCCUUUCUAACUCCUUCUUUUGUCACGUGCCGCCGGUGUGUGGCUUAGUGAGAGGGUCUCAGGCCGUGGCAAGCGGCGGAGAUGCGCCGAAGACCGAAAGUAGCGCCCAGCAUUUAAUUAGGUUAGCUAUACGCACCAAUAUAAUUACUUCUUGUCGUCGACAUGUUGGAACGGCGUUAAGUGACAGCGACUCUCCACCCGUUACCGAUGCAGCACUGCGCGAAGGCCGCUGUUCAACACAAAGUAUGCUUGGACAGCUGAUUUUGCUCCGAUGUACUCAUGAAGAGGGCUGUGUAGGAUCUGAGGGAGAAAAACGAGGAGGAUGUUUCUGCUGGCUAGUAGUUGCUUCAUCGCUAGUUGGUGCUGCCUUUUGUGUCCUUGUGGAUGAAGAAGGAAAUGUACCGUUACACACUGAGAGCUUUCUCCUGUGCUUUGUGCAGGUUGCUAUUGAGGAGUGGAAGCGGAAACUGCAGCGGUAUUCGCUGGGUGGAACGGAGGGUUUGGAGCUGCUAACACAUCUGUUUCGUCGCAUUGUGUAUCAGUUACAGUUGGGACGACUUGUUGACAUCUUUGGCCGCUCAGCUGCUCUCGUGCCACGCAUUUUGUCACGACAGUACGUUCUCGCCAGCACAUUAGUUCUACCCAAUACCGUUGGCAACAUUAACGACGGUAGUGGGUCAGCUGCGGCUGUUACCAGCUGGUUACUGGACCACGCGAUUCGACGCUGGAAUUUUCAUCCUUCCCUUUUACUUCCCUGUUGGUGUCGCCGUGGCGACGCGGUUAAUGUUGUGCGUGACGCUCCGCACGACGACGAAGGUGCGUUAGGGGAUGAAUUACUUAUACGUACUGUGUUAACCGGGCAGCACGGUGACCACUAUUUUUUGCGUACCUUCGUAGACCACUGUGCUGCCGCUCGUCGCGGGCGACUCGGGAGUGGUGGGCCGUCCCCAUUGGCCGAGAUUCACUACUAUAGCGUUAUGUUGAAUAUCGUGAGGGACAUGAUGGCUGGAGAUGCCAUAGGUUUUUUAACAAAAAACAACUCUGACGCUAACAGCCCGACAACCGUCGGCAACGAUGCUUUCCCACGAUACGAAUGCCUGAGGUUCUUCAACGAUUGGAUGGCAAUGAUCCGCAAGGAACUCACGUGCUAA